AUGAGGACCAUACACAUAUUUACGGCAAUUCUCUGGUAUUUGAGCUGCAGUGAACUGGAAGCGAAAUCUAAAUUACGCUAUCUUUACUACCGCAACAUAACCUAUACCUACAAUCCGAACCACUUUAUGGCUGCGAAUAUCUAUACCACAGAGGAAGAUCAGGCUGUACAGAUCGAGGUUGCCAUAUCGCAUAAUAUCACCAAAGAUAUUUGGAUGGAAUUUGUAGUCUCGAUGAAACCGUUCAAUGCUGACAAAUUUCAAAACGUUUUCAAUUUCAAUUUGAAUGGCUGUACCCUGCUGAAACGUUCCUCCGGACCAGGUGGCUUCGAUGUUGUAAAGAAAUGGACAACGAAUUUAUUGAAUUCUGGCACUUCACCUAUAUCUUGUCCGGUCAUGAAGAAUAAUUAUACGUGGACAAUACUUCCGUCGAGAAGAUAUGGAGUUUACAUUCUACAAAUGGAAGGAUUUUAUCGUUUGAUUUUCAAUGUGUAUUUGAAGCGUUCCAAGCGUACCGAACUGUUGAUGAAUACGAGCACUAUUUCUGAACUCAUUUAUAAAUACAAAUAA